AGCAUACUAGAAUUAAAAAUGCAACAGUCUUGAACUGGGCAUAAUAAAUAUUUGCAUUCAUAUUAGUCGCUUUGGGCUACAUACCACCAUCGGUCUCAAUCUACAUAAGACACCUUUCAAGGCUCGGCAUACACACCAGGCUAGACUAUCGACGUUCCAGUCAAAGUAACUGGGCACCGCAACAACUACUUCGUGUACCGUUCAGGACUUCCGUCCCAUUUCCAAGACUUGCUCUUAGUUCCCCAUUAGGGGGUUUUCGGCGUCAAUCAUGUCUUUACUCAACCGUCUGGCCAGCCUCACGCCCGCGGUGCCACCAGGAGCGGCACUGGCAGGUACCGUUACGAUACCAGCAUCAUUAGGAUUUGUCCCCGUUGCCGUACACUUUGAUCUCUUUGGGGCAUUGGUUCGUCAUGGAGGCCCAGCAAGUGCAGAGGAUAUCGCCCGGACAAUCAACAAAGCCAUUCAGACAGAAGGAGAAAACAAACCAGAGAUCUCGGUCCUUCUUGCAGCCGAUACGCUCUACAUCAUGGCUGGUCUCGGGCUGGUUGAACGUGUGGACGAAGACCGCUUCGUGGCCAAUGCUAUUACUCGCCACAUGGUCGAUAUGCCAUCGGCGCAGCAUGGCGCCGUACACUUUUGCACCGAAGGAAUGAUGGCGGGCGCAUUUUUGAUGAAGAAACUCCAGGAUACCAACUUUGCCUACCCCUUUGCUGAAUGCGACGGGCCCUUUCAGUACGCGUAUCAAUUGAUGGGCCAAGAGGAGCUCGCCAAGCAACAUACGUACUCCAUCAUGGAGGCCCAAGGCCGUAUGGACAGCUUUAAUCAGUUCAUGGUGGGCAAGUUUCUCAAAUUCGGGACCUUUCCCGAACGCGUGGCAGCCGCAGGCUACGAUCUGGGAGCCACACUAGGCGUUGAUGCUGAAAGUUUCAGUUCCAGCUCUGCUCUCCGCGACGACGAAGUCGCCAUGGUCGACAUUGGCGGUGGUCGCGGCGAACUCCUCCUCGAAGUCCAAGCCCAUUACCCAAGCCUCCAAGCAUCACAACUAAUUGUGCAAGAAUUCAACGCAGCCAUCAAUGACGUCCCCGGUGUACGGCUGAUGGAGUGGAACUACAAGAUCUCUUCGGAACAGCCGAUCCGGGGUGCGCGGGUAUACAGCCUCCAGCAUAUCUUACACAACCUGCCAGACCUGGAUGCCGUGGCGUUGGUGCAGAAAUUGGCGCGAGCUAUGGGUCCGGAAUCACGGCUGCUGAUUAUUGAGUACGCGAAGAACCUGACCUAUACGAAUUUGCACUCGAGUAUGAUUGCGUUGUAUGGGGGCCGUGAGCGCAGUUCAGCGGAGUGGCGGAAGUUGGCGGGGGUUUGUGGAUUGAGGGUGAGUUUUGAGAAGUAUGAGAUUGCGGGAGAGUCGCUGGUGGAGAUGCGAUUGGCGUAG